AUGCUCGUGCUUGCAGAGUGCAAACAAAAAUCGGAAGAGUAUGAAAAGGAGAUCCUCGAUUGGAAAAAGCAGGCUUCACAAGCGACAACAAGCAUAACCAAACACAAUCGUCAGAUACAUUCCAAGGAAACGCAAAUUGAGCAGCUGAUGUCGCAGAAACAGGAUAUAACCGAUAAGUGUGAGCUCGAACAUAUUACACUUCCUGUUUUAUCAGAAGACGACUCAGAUGGGCCACAGUUUGACUUUAGUGAGUUGGAUAGAGCAUAUCUGCAAGAACGGAGACCAUCUGCUCGUGACAAAAUGGAUGCAGAAUUUAGGCAGAAGAUAGAAUCUAAAACAUCAGAAAUUGAAAGAACAGCCCCAAACAUGAGAGCACUUGACCAGUAUGAGGCUAUACAAGAGAAAGAAAAACAAGUUAGCCAAGAGUUUGAAGCGGCCAGGAAGGAGGAGAAACAAGUAGCGGAUGCAUACAAUAUUGUUAAGCAGAAGAGGUAUGAGCUAUUUAUGGAAGCUUUCAACCACAUUUCUAGCAACAUUGACAAGAUCUACAAGCAACUAACCAAGAGUAAUACGCAUCCACUGGGUGGGACUGCUUAUCUAAACUUGGAGAACGAGGAUGAUCCGUUUCUACAUGGUAUAAAGUAUACUACGAUGCCCCCUACAAAGCGAUUUCGUGACAUGGAACAGCUCUCUGGAGGAGAGAAAACAGUUGCGGCCUUGGCGUUGCUUUUCUCCAUCCAUAGCUUUAGGCCUUCGCCGUUUUUCAUACUGGAUGAAGUGGAUGCUGCGCUGGAUAAUUUAAAUGUUGCAAAAGUUGCUCAAUUCAUUCGUAGCAAAUCGUGCCAAGCCGCACGUGACAAUCAAGAUGCGGAGGACGGGAAUGGAUUCCAAAGCAUUGUAAUAUCACUCAAGGACAGCUUCUAUGACAAGGCCGAAGCUGUGAUUGGAGUUUUCAGAGACGUGGAGAGGAGUUGCUCGAGGACGAUGACAUUUGACCUUAGGGACUACCAAGAAUAG